AUGUUCUCGGUUUCAACUUCCCACGUCAGCAAAGCGCUUAACGUUAACCCGCUCAAAAUCAAAGCCAAAGGUUUAGACUCGGUCAAAAGUCGGAUCACCAACAUUCGCGACCACUUAAACAAACCGCUCAGCAUUAACCAGUUUUGCGAAAUGCUCCUCGCCGAGGUGUUGCGUGACUUCCCGAGCAUCACACCUUACGAACUUGAUCCGGAAGACAAGCAGCAAAUUGAGGCGCUGCGGGUUAACAAGUACGCGACUUGGGCCCAUAACUACGGCCAAAACCCGCACUACGAACUAAACAACACGCUCUACGUCAGCGGCGUCGGUUUGGUUGAGGUUUACUUAAACGUGGAAAACGGUUUAAUUAGCGACCUCAAGUUUUACGGCGAUUUUUUCGGUAAGAAAGACGUGGCUCACGUCGAAAACCACCUCCGGAAAGUGCGCUAUUCGCGCCCGGACAUUUUACGGAGACUGAGCGAGAUCCAAGGUUUUAACGAUUACUUUAACAACCUUGACCCCGCCGUCUUAGCCGAUUUGGUGGUCGGUCUCGUACCCCAAGAAGGAGUCAAAAAGAUAUGA